AUGGAGGGGAGGGAAAUGUCUCCUGGCAAAGGAAGAAGCUCCUCAGCAACAAGCAUUGCCGGAGGGGUCAGAAUACGAACAUUGUCGAGUGCCUUCCUUUGGGAACGUGUCAUCGGUGCACGGAAUGAGGUCGACUGCUUGAUUGGCGUAAGGGACAGCGGACAGGGCAACGGGGAAGGAGUCACGAACGCCAACAGAGCCUUCCGGGAGAGGCACUGCAAUGUCGUCGUCCAAGACUUUGAUGGUAUCAUCACGGGAACGGAGGGAGAGUUGGGCGAUAGACGCGUGGUAUUGUGGCGCAGGGGCCUGGGGAUGCAGCACCAUCGGCAGCGGCGUCGGCGACGGCUAUUGCCACUGGGGCGCCAGGGGUAG